GAGCGGUUGCAGCGAGCUGCCAUGAGGGUCGGGGCGUGGCAUCCCCCCAUCGGCAUGUUCCGGCAGCGGUCGAAGGGCGCGGCAAGGAGGGCGCGCGAGUGCCGCUUCAGCCAGAGCCUCAGCAUUGAGCUGCGAAUGCGCCCGCUGCUGUUGGACUCGGCCCCCGAGCAGGCGCAGCGCGGCGCCGCGGCCGCACGGCAUGCUUCGGUGACCGAGCUUUGGUUCAGCAUGACGGUGGAGCGGCGCGACAACAUGGCCGUCACCGCAGCUUUUUGCGGCCUGGAGCUGAACUCGUGGAAGCUCUCGCUCGCUCGACGUCGGCGUCUGGGCAUGGCCGCGCUGGGCCCUGUCGCGCAGCUGGCGACUCUGCGGGGCGUCGUCAAGGGCACGGCCGAUGCCGAUCUGAAUAUCCAGUGCAGGAUGUUCGCGUGGGAGAUGCGGCGCGGCAGUUCAGGCGCCAGCCAGUGUCCGCAGCAGCAGGUGAGUGAGUUCUGGCGACGCCUCGCCGCAGAGGCUCGCUGGCUGCGACGCGCCCCGAGUGGCGGGCGCCAAGGCGUCGGCGGCCUCGCGGGGGCCAAUGGCCGCGACGCGGCCGCGCGCCCGCGGCCGAAGGCCCCGUGCAGCCGCCGCCGCUGGAGGCGCGUCGGCAGCGUCGACCGCCGCAGUUGCUUCCGCGACUGCCCUGACCGCCGAGGCGCUGCAGCAG